AUGGUAGAACUAGAAAAGGAAGAAAGUAAAGAAAGUACACUUAUGAGGGAUUCGGAUAAUUUAAGAGACGGGUGUGCACCCACUAUCCAGGAUAAAUUUUUUAAUCAAAUGUUUGCUUUACAUGGAUUUAAAAAUGGACAUUAUAUUCCGUUAGUAUUUUGUUUGCCCAUUGAUAAAUCGGUAAAAACUUAUGAAUUUGUGUUUACUAUGAUUGUUGAAAAGUGUAAUACACUUGGUUUUUUAUUCUCACCAAAAAACACUACCGUUGAUUUCGAAUUAGCAAUUCAUAAACCUAUUGAAAAUGUCUGGCCGAAUACAACAAUAAUUGGAUGCCGAUUUCAUUUAACCCAAUCAUGGUGGAGAAAUAUUCAAAAGUGUGGUUUAACUUCUUUCUAUAAAGACGAAUCUUCAGAAAUUGGUAAGUGGAUACGGUACACAUUUGGUUUAGUAUUUUUAAACCCUGAUGAAGUAUCAAAUUGUUUUGUUGAAGACUUACUAUCUGACUAUCCAGUAAAUGAAAAAUUAACAAAUUACUGUGACUAUUUAACCGAUACUUACAUCUCUGAAGAUGGUUUAUUUCCACCGAGUAUUUGGGCAUUUAAUACGUCGGAAUUAAUAAAAACAAUUAACGCGUGUGAAUCUUUUCAUUCUUUUUUUAACAAAAGUUUUAAUCAUAUUUCUCCACCAAUAAGUGCCUGGUUAAGUGUUAUUAAUGAAAUUCAAACUGAAGUCUACAUUAAAUUAAAUAGUUUACAUUUACAAAGGUGUCCCAAAAAUAAAAAAAUUAUAGAUCGACAGCAAAAAAAUGAAGAAAAAAUACAAAAAUAUAAAGCAGGAACAAUUAAUCGGGAAAGUAGUAUUAAAAUAUUCGGGCAAAAAGAGACGUGGGCAAAAAGCGAAGGGUCAUUUUUGGGCGAAAAGAGUACCACCCGAUCACCAGAUAUACAUAAAAAUUGUAAUGUACCUCACUUGUUGGAAAAGGUUGGUGACCCCUGA